AUGAAAAGUAUCGGGUCCCUUAUCGCUAAAAGACUCAAACCCUUUGGCUGCAUCAUCUCUUACAACUCGACGAGUCAGAAACAUAGGAUCCCAUACCGGUACUACCCGGACCUUCUCUCCUUAGCAGCAAACAACGAUGUCAACGUUCUCUCAUGCGCUCUGAAUGAUCAGACGCACCACAUUGUGAAUAGAGAAGUGAUGGAGGCUCUUGGGAAGAAGGGGAUUAUAAUCAAUGUGGGACGAGGAGGGCUGAUUGAUGAGAUGGAGAUGGUUAAGUGUCUGGUGGAUGGUGUGAUUGGUGGUGCUGGUUUAGAUGUGUUUGAGAAAGAACUGGGAGUUCCUGAGGAGUUGUUUGGUUUGGACAAUGUUGUCUUGUCUCCACAUGCUGCUAUGGUCACGCCAGGGUCUUUGGACAAUAUUGCGCAGCUUGCUUUAGCUAACUUGAAGGCGUUCUUCUCGGACCAGCCUUUGAUUUUCCCGGUUCAGUUAGAUUGA